AUGCAAGAUGCACAUGGUCAGCUUCGAUCGCCAGAUUCGGAACAAGAAGAGGACAAUCCAUGGAGCGGGGACGAUGAGGAGCAAGCAGCUCCGCCACCAAAAGAGCUGCCAGAGUUGUUGAGAGUUGGACCUCCCAAGGGAUAUACACCGAAGGCCUCGCAGGAGAAGCUGACUCCUCAACCUACGUCGACAAAUCCGUUCAUACUGAGACAAAAUUCCGGUGGAAUGAAGGAGAGUAGUGCUGAUGCUUGGGGCGAGAAACCGCCUCCAAGCGGUGCUCCUCCACCAAUUCCCAAAGCUACCCCUCCUCCAACCGAACAAUUUGCGAAUCUAUCCGUCCCCGAACCGAGCACAAACCCUUGGCAACCUGCUCUGGCCGAGAAGAAAUCACAGCCUCUGUCCAUACACCGUCAGGAUUCCGGAAACGCAGCAUGGUCCAGUGCACCACCCACACGUCAAGCUCCUGCGGCUCCUCCAAUGGAUAGUUCACAGCCAGCUUUGAUUGACUUGGAAGAACCGGAAAGUCCUGCGUGGGAUGAAGAUGAAGCUUCACCAGUGGUACACGAGCUGUCGGCGGAGGCAGUACCGGAAGUCCAACAAAUUAAUGAAGAUACCCAUGCUUGGGACGAACAUCAGGGACAAGGAGAAUCAAACCCUCCCACGAACAGCUUCUUGGCCGUAGAGCAAGGUGAGGGUUGGAAUAUUGUGGAUCAUGAGACAACCGGACAGCAAAGCGGUGUUAUAUCAGGGGAUGGGACCGUUCUUGAACGAUAUCCUACGGAAGAAGACGCCCCAGCCUUGCCUCCCAGAAGGUCCCAGGAACAGCCUCCUCAACAACCCCCAAGACCAUCCAUCGUAACCACCAAUGCCAGCGAAUCCUCUGUCACGAGUCCAACAACAAAAAAGCAAAGAAAAGAAACGUAUGAGAUCAAGAAGAUUACUUGGCACGAUGUUACCGCGAAAAAGAACCCGAGGGUAUCUCCUAUCCUGAUACAGAAUGCCAAUGGUCCUUGUCCGUUACUAGCUCUUGUCAACGCCCUUACUCUAUCGACUCCCGCAGACGUCGAAACAGCCUUGGUUGAUACAUUACGAUCACGUGAACAAGUCAGUCUUGGCUUAUUGUUGGAUGCUGUCUUUGACGAACUCAUGUCCGGCCGAAGGGGAGAUGCUGCGCAAGCAUUACCGGAUGUCAGCGAUUUAUACUCGUUCCUAAUAACGCUCCAUACCGGGAUGAACGUCAAUCCCUCUUUCGUUCCACCCCCAGCAACGAAGGCACGAAACGAUCCUCGGAACUCAAUGUCACACGUCCACCCCUCAGAGCGGGAAGCAGCCAUCCCAGGGACUUUCGAAGAUACCCGAGAAAUGAAGCUUUACAGCACAUUCUCGAUACCUCUGAUUCAUGGUUGGCUUCCCGAGGCCGGCACGCAGGCAUUCGCGGCGCUAGACCGUUCAGCGAAAACCUACGAGGAUGCCCAAAAUUUAAUGUUCCACGGAGAAGGACUCGAAGACAAGUUACAGCGCGAAGGUCUCAGCUUUGAGGAACAGGCAACACUAGAAGACAUCGCAACAAUCAAUGCAUUCUUCUCUUCCAAUGCAACACAACUCACCCCGUACGGACUUCAGACCAUCACCACCUCUCUUGCACCAGGUGCAGUAGCGAUUUUAUUCCGAAAUGACCAUUUUUCCACCUUAUACCGCCAUCCGGAUACGCUUCAACUCCUGCAAUUGGUCACAGAUAUGGGCUACGCAGGCCACGAAGAAGUAGUCUGGGAAUCCCUCCUCGACGUAACAGGUGAGAAUGCUGAGUUCUUCUCCGGUGAUUUUCGUCUCGUGGGCGGCGCACUACAAACGCCAUCAGCAUCUACACCUGCUGCAGGGCAUUCCGACGGCUGGACAACUGUCCAAAAUCGUCGCGCCAACACCAACCAGAACCACCAAUUAACGCCCAGCUCCUCUUCUCACAAUCAGCCCCCGCAAUCACCGAAUACCGAGCAAGAAGACCACGAUCUAGCCCUUGCUUUGCAGCUGCAAGAAGAAGAAGAAGAGCGGCAUCACGCCGAACUCGCUCGUCGACGACGAGAAACGGAGCUGAGCCAACAAUAUAUCGAGCAGCAGGGCCGCGAACCCAACAACAACGUGCCCGUCUCAUCGCGAGGCGGUGGACGAACGCGCGGGAAUCCUGCCGCGAAUCGAGGGGCUCCUGCCAACACUCGUGGAAGGGGCUCGUCAAGCAAUAUCAAUGUCAAUGCACCGCAGGAAGCUCGCCCAGCGAUACCGCCACGGAGGAGUAAUGCAGGGACGCAUGUAAUUGCGGAUCCUGAGGCAGGAGUAGCGGACGCGCCACCUUCUUACGAGCAAGCUGCGAACCAGGCGGCGUAUGUGCCGCCUAGUAAUCAUCCUGCCCAUCCUUCUACUCCACUCGGAGGACCCGGCGGGGGAGGGAGAAGGAUGAGUGCAUAUAGUGCUAAUGCGGCGAAUGUGGGAUAUCAAAGUCCGGUGGGCAGGGUGGCGACGGGAGGCAGGAGGGGAACACUGAUUGAACAGAUUCCGGGGCCGGGGCCGGGGCCUGGAGUUGGGAGGAGGAAUACUGGUGGGAGUGACCAACAGAGGGAGAGGGAUUGUGUUGUUAUGUGA